GCAUGAAGGCAUUUCUACUUAAGCAUUCUGCCAUGUGCCAUGUUCAAAGGCCAUGCAUUAGAGAGGGAAUCCUAUCCUGGUUUUUCCUUUCCCCAAACAUCUACCCCAAUUCUACUCUAAGAUUUGUAAGCUCAUAGUCAUCUAUCUUUAACUCUCUUGGACCCAGUAGAAAAUGUUAGUAAAUGGUAACCAUUUCCUCUUCUUCCUCACUUAAACCUAAGUGAUCACCAAGUCUAGUUACUUAUUUGUUUGAAAUUUUGCUUCCUCAUUUUACUCCAUUCGUAAGUAUACCACCUUCUGUCUUCUCACCUCCAAUUCAUACUGAAAUCUGUCUUUCUCAGCCUGCCAGACCAGUCUUGCUAAUUUUUCUUUAUUUGUAAAAUGGAAAUAAUAAUACCUAUCUCACAGGGCUGUUGUGAGAAUUAGACAAAAUGUAACAUAAAGCAUUUAUCAUAUUGCCUAACACAAAAUAAGUAUUCAACCAGUGGUAGCAUCAUAUACUUCUUACCUCUUUCUAAAUUUGGAUUACCUUUUUUGCUAUCUUUGUGUCCAAACCAUAGAAGCAGCAAAGUGUAUACCCAAAAGUAUGGGAUAUAGAGCCCUCUGGAGCCUUGGUUUGAGUCUCCAGACUUCUGCUUACUAGAUGUAAGACCUCAGGUGAAACACAUCCACAGUAAUGGCUACGGCCUUACCCAGGACCCUCGGGGAGUUGCAGCUAUAUAGAAUAUUACAAAAAGCCAAUCUGCUUUCUUACUUUGAUGCUUUCAUUCAACAAGGUGGUGAUGAUGUCCAGCAACUCUGUGAAGCUGGAGAAGAGGAAUUUUUGGAAAUCAUGGCACUCGUGGGCAUGGCUAGCAAGCCCCUUCAUGUUAGAAGGCUACAGAAGGCUUUGAGAGACUGGGUUACAAACCCAGGCCUUUUCAAUCAGCCUCUGACUUCCCUUCCUGUCAGUAGCAUACCCAUCUAUAAAUUACCAGAAGGAUCACCAACUUGGCUGGGAAUAUCCUGUAGUAGUUAUGAAAGGAAUAGCAGUGCCCGGGAACCUCAUUUAAAAAUCCCAAAAUGUGCUGCCACCACCUGUGUGCAGAGCUUGGGACAGGGGAAAUCGGAUGUGGCGGGGAGCUUAGCGCUGCAGAGUGUGAGUGAGUCCAGACUCUGGCAGGGCCACCAUGCUACUGAGAGCGAGCACAGCCUCUCCCCGGCAGACCUUGGUUCCCCAGCUUCCCCCAAGGAAAGCAGUGAGGUGCUGGAUGCUGCUGCUGCACUCUCUGUGGCCGAAUGUGUGGAGCGGAUGGCCCCCACGCUGCCAAAAAGUGACUUGAAUGAAGUGAAAGAGCUGCUAAAAACCAAUAAGAAGUUGGCCAAAAUGAUUGGUCACAUCUUUGAGAUGAGUGAUGAUGAUCCACACAAAGAAGAGGAAAUUCGAAAAUACAGUGCAAUAUAUGGCAGAUUCGACUCAAAGAGAAAGGAUGGGAAACAUCUCACACUUCAUGAGCUCACUGUUAAUGAAGCGGCUGCCCAGCUCUGUGUGAAGGAUAAUGCCCUGCUGACGAGAAGAGAUGAACUUUUUGCCCUGGCCAGGCAGAUUUCUCGAGAAGUCACCUAUAAAUAUACUUACAGAACCACUAAGUCAAAAUGUGGAGAAAGAGAUGAAUUAUCCCCGAAGAGAAUUAAAGUAGAGGAUGGGUUUCCAGAUUUCCAAGAUUCUGUUCAGACUCUCUUCCAGCAAGCUAAAGCUAAGGGUGAAGAAUUUGCAGCUCUGAGUUCACAGCAGCCCGAAAAGGUGAUGGCAAAGCAGAUGGAGUUCCUUUGCGCCCAGGCUGGCUAUGAGAGACUGCAGCAUGCUGAAAGAAGACUGUCUGCAGGACUUUACAGGCAAAGCUCAGAGGAGCACAGCCCUAAUGGCUUGACAUCUGAUAACUCCGAUGGACAAGGAGAAAGACCUUUGAAUCUCCGAAUGCCUAAUUUACAGAACAGACAGCCCCAUCAUUUUGUGGUGGAUGGGGAGCUGAGUAGACUUUACUCCAGUGAGGCAAAGUCCCACUCAUCAGAGAGUCUUGGAAUUUUAAAAGACUACCCUCACUCGGCUUUUACCUUAGAAAAGAAAGUCAUCAAAACAGAGCCUGAAGAUUCAAGAUAGCUGUGAUUGUCUUAUUGUCCUCUGGAAGUGGCAUCAGAUUUAAGGAUAAUGCUCCAUCAUAGAAAUAAGCCUUAAUAACCAAUGUUGCCUCAUUCAGCUCAAACCGAUUUCAUAGCCAAAGCCUAAGGACUGGUACAGUAGUCUUUGGAAACCAGAAAGACAGAACAACAGCCACAAAAAGAAAAUCCAGAGAGUGUUGCAAUUUGUAACAGAAUAUUGAUCCAUUCACAUUCCUGUGUAAGUCAUUUAUGUGGAAAGGCUUACAAAUUAAUAUUGUAAGCAUUCAUUAUUUAAGAAUGUACAAGGCAUUUGUGUAAUUUAUAAAAGUGAAAUCUAGAUGUUGAGACUUGUGUGGUUUAUGGAUGUGGAUACAGUUUAUUUUACUUGAAUUUCAUUGUCUAAUUUAAGUGUAUUUAGGGUAAAUAUUAUUAAAUGUCAGAGUUUAGAAUCUUUGGAAGCAUAAAAAAGAAAGCUGAAGUGAUGUAAUUAUUGGCAAGGUUGCAAUGAUUUUGGAAAAAUGGAAAGUAAAUGCUCAUUUUAAGCCAAGGAAAAUUUCAUGGAUUUAAUAUUUGAUAAAAAUGGAUUCUGUGUAACAGGACACUUGUAGCAUUCAUUCAUGUAAUGUCAUUUUUACUAGUUUCACCAGUACCACAUUUACAUAAUUGAUAAAUAAUAGAAGAAAAUUAAAAAUAUGAGCAAAUAGAGUAGGAAAUCUCUCUUAUCUAGUUGACCCAGAUUGCAUUAUAUAAUUGCUACUUAAAAUAACAACAAAAAUAGGAAGCUAUUACUUGGACAGAGAACUUGAAACAAGUGGACUGAUAGUGUAAAGGCCUUGAUUUGAAUAUUGCUAUUUCAGAAUGUGUUAACUAGAUUAAGAUAUAGUAAGUUAACCUGAAAUGUGAUAAGGAAGGUGACUGUUAACAAAGGCUAUUAUUAAUUGAGUAAUAUGGUUUUAUAUCUAGAAAUUCUUCUCCAUGUAUAGGAGUCAGAGAAAGACUAGAAGGCUCUCAACCGGGGAAUGUCUUCCCACCCAAACCCCAUCACAAGUGUGAACAAUCACUGCAUCUGCAUUUGCAGGGAUGUUUCUAUGGGUCUUUAGUUGACACCUAUAUUCAUUAUUUAUUUUACAAUUUCAUUUUUGUUCACCUUUUAGAUUUGUGAAUGUAGUUUUUCUUAAAAUUCAUUUUAACUUGAAAGUGUUGUUUUUAAUUCCCACUAUUUAAUUAAUGGGUUGUGUGCAUAUAUAUAUGGGGUUAUGCUUAAAUGUUAGUAAUGUACUCGCUUACUUAUAAAUGAGGAUUUCACAUUGGAACCCAUAGUGGUCAAAGUACACAUAAGAUUUUGCUAACUCUCAUUUUUCUCCGUUGGUUCAAGAGGGGAAGAUAUUUGACAGCUUUACCUAUUUGCUACAGGUAAAUCUAAACCCAGGUAUUGCUGAGAAGAGCAUGUUGACUUGGAAUAUGUGUUUUUUUGUUUUCACUUCAGCUCUGCAUCAUAGCUAUGUAAAAUAUAUGGUCAUAUGUUAUAUACUAAAUUUAUCAGCCAACUGUUAGAUGAAAUGUCUGCACUGUAGUCUCUGAUCACUGUCACAUAUAUAAUUGCUUUUUUAUUUUGAUUUGUAGAAUAGCUUUACAAUAGAAACACCAGUGAACAACUUUUAUACUAUUAACAGGCUAUUUCUUUCCUACAUGUUUUACUGUACUGUAGUGUUUUGCCCACUGGAGAAGCUUUUUAUGGGCCUUGCAACUUUGUUGCUAGCUUGAGGUUGAUUAUUGUGGUUGUAUUGUUCACUGUGUAGAAAUAGUAUAAGUACGAUUUAAAUAGAAUGUUCAGUUUUUAAUAUUAGCCAUAGCACUGGUUAGUAUCUCAGUAGUUUCAUGAAACGUUUACUGUAUUCUAAUCUAUUUUGAGAAAUUUUGUGGGUUUUUUUUAAUUGUCUUACAGUUCAAGUUUGUAGAUUUUAAUUAGCAACCGUUUUUAAAGAUGCAGUACUCUUCCAACUAAUAUUUAUCAGUCUUUCAUGGCCCACACACUGCAUCUUUAAAUCCAUAAAUAAGUUUCCUUAAGUAUCAUAAUUUUAUGGUCUUUCAAGCUUAGUGAUAAGAGGGAAGCACAAGAAAAAUUUCAGUAGAAUACAGUUUUUAUUUUGUAAACACUAAUGUAUGAAACUUGCUAUACAUUAAAGCAAAUAAUAUAUAUUUUUAUUUGAAGUGUAUAUAUGAAUUGGAUGUUAUAACUAGUUGAUUUUUUCAUUGUGUUAGGGGUAUUUUCACUGAACAAGGUCAAUUGGUUACCUCAGUAUCACAGCCAAUAUAGUCCAAGGGACCAUUUCUCCCCAGGUUUGUGUUACACUUUAUUAUGUGAAGUCUGCAUUUUUGUGACUAUUAAAGCUGUUGGUGAGGUGGGACGAGUGCACUUGCUUCCUGUGGCAAUAAAGAUUUUCUGUGCCUCACA